GCCCGGAGAUUUCAAGUCGAAAUCCGCCGCGUGGUGUUUGGGGUCCCCGCAGCCGAGGGGCCGCGCCAGCCCUUUCCCGCGCUCUGAAAGCAGCCUCCCGUCCAGCCCGGGGGCCUCGCAUCUAAACCCGUGAGAAGUGCUGACCCAGGACGUGUUAGAUCUCUCUCGCGCUCGUCUCUCCUGUCCCUUGCCCUGGAAAACAAGAGGAGGUUUCGGAGCCUCGGUUCUGGUGCCCUUUCGCUCUUUGAGGGGGAAGGUUUAACUCCAAAGACGAGUCCUUGGUUUAGUUAAUUAAAAGACCAAAACAAAACUUCAGUUAUUUUUCCCAGAGUUACUUAUUUAUCCAGCAGUUGACAGUGUGCCUGUGAAGCCUGGCCCAUGAUUUCGGAGCUCAACAAGUGCCUUGUAUACAGAUUAUGCGAAGUACAGGUUAAAACAAAACAACAAGCAGAAUGAAGACUGUGGCAAUUAAAGAUAAUCCGUGACGCACCUACUCUGAUGCACUUAUUUUUUUUUUAAUGGAGACUCCCAUGAAAAUAAGCACCUUGCAUCAGUAUACUGGACCAGUUUUGUGACCAUUGGGUCACCACCUUGGACUUGCUUCCUCUUCACUGAGGAAAUGAGAAUAAAACUGUGGGAGUCAGGAUAAGUAUUUUGUGAUGAUUGGGGUGGCCAAGGCUGUACAAGGACUUCAUCACAAAGUCCUUAUUUAGCCAAACUUUUGCAGAUGCCAGUGAAAAGCUUGCCUGAAUAAAGGCUAUGUACUGUACGGAGCCCACUGUUGCUGACAAUGGUUGAAAUAUUCCCCAUGGCACUCUGGGCAGAUCUGUCUUCUUCCAGGCAAGAAGUGAGUGUCAUUAGUCCUGCAGAAUCUGGCUCUGUCAGUACAAAGUCCAGUUUCUGCUUCCAUCUAUGCGAUAUGCUCCAUCACUCUUCAUCACAUUGCACAGAGCCAUUCUGAGAAGGGACUGUCAGUGAUUCUCAACCAGGGUGCCCCAAGAGCCUUUCCAGGGUGCCCUGGGGUGCUACUCAGUAUGAGUACUGGAGCUGAGUUGCAAGUUAAAUGUCCUUCUACAACAGAAUGUGACUCCAAAUUAAAAUAACGUGGGAACCUGUAUUCUCUUCAGCUACAGCCAUGUUAUCAGUUGUUGAAGGAGAAACAAUAAACCCUGAUUUUGUGUCUUGACAGAUACUGUAACCGGAGUCAAACAAGACAAUGGAUUGGGGAUCACUGCAAGCUGUGGUGGGAGGUGUGAAUAAACACUCUACGAGCAUCGGAAAGGUCUGGCUCACUGUCCUGUUCAUUUUCCGUAUUAUGAUCCUCAUAGUGGCUGCAGAGAAAGUCUGGGGAGAUGAACAAGAAGAUUUUGUCUGUAACACACUACAGCCUGGAUGCAAAAAUGUUUGUUAUGAUCACUUUUUCCCCAUCUCUCAUAUUAGACUCUGGGCCCUUCAGUUGAUCUUUGUCUCAACUCCUGCACUUCUGGUGGUAAUGCAUGUUGCUUACAGACGACAUGAGAGGAAGAAGCAAUUCAGGAAGGGAGAUCAAAAUUGUGAAUAUAGAGACAUUGAAGAGAUAAGAACCCAAAGAUUUCAUAUUGAGGGAUCCUUGUGGUGGACAUACACUGGCAGCAUAUUCUUCAGGUUGAUUUUUGAAGCUGCCUUCAUGUAUGCAUUUUACUUCAUGUAUGAUGGAUUCCGAAUGCCACGUCUAGUGAAAUGUAGUGCUUGGCCUUGCCCAAACACAGUGGACUGUUUUGUUUCUCGACCUACUGAAAAGACGGUGUUCACUAUUUUUAUGAUUGCUGUGUCUAGUAUUUGCAUUAUGUUAAAUGUGGCUGAAUUCUGUUAUCUAGUGAUAAAAUGUUUCCUUAGAAGGUCUAGAAGAGCAGGAUCUCAAAGACAUUCCCCCAGCCUUGAGAAUAAAGAAGAAACUAAACAAAAUGAAAUGAAUGAGCUAAUAUCUGAUAGCUGUCAGAACACAGUUCCAUCAUUUUCAAAGUAGCUAAGGUGAUAUGAAUGUUGGGAUUCAGUCUUCACAGAGUGAAUGCUCAUUUUUUUUUUUUUUUUUUUUUUUUUUUUUUGAGGUUCAGAUUAAAUCAAUUGUAUGUAAAAUUUUAAUAUAUAAUGUCAGGUGGGAAUUCUACAACUAAUUUAAAAGUCCAGAAAGCAUGAAGAUGGGAAAACUGAAUAAGGAUUAAGUAGGAUACUACAUCUUUUAAGAAUAUCCUUAACAAGCUGACUAUGACAAAUGGAAACUCACUAGUCUGUUUAUAGUGACAUGAAACAUAAAAACAGUGUAUUCAACAGCCACAAGAACAAAUCAGAUCUGUUUUCAAGCUAGAUACUCUAGUAUCUAGCACUUAUAGCAGUGAUAGGUUUUUACUCGUGAACUUUUCAAUUAAAAUAUUUUUGUAAUGUAUGAGAUUCCUUGUUACUUAAAGUGUUAUAGUGUAUAACUGAGUAGGGUGUGUUUGUUUUGGGGUUUGUUUGUUUGUUUGUUUGUUGUUUGUUUGUUUUUUUUCCAAGACCAGCAAAUGCAACCACUAAUGCCAUUUUAAUAGAGAGAGAUUAGUUUAAGUAUAUCAACUUCAAACAUAGACCAGAUCCUGCUGUAAAUAAUUCUGUUAGUAUUUUUAUAUUACAAACUGCCAAUGUUAUGAAGUCAUAGAUAUUAUUGAAAUAAGCCACUUACGUUUUCUAAUGAAUUAGACAUGUUUUAUUUCAUGUACUGUAUAAGGCUAUGGAACCUGGGGGGGGGUGUUUGUUUGUUUAGACUGUAGACUGAGAAUGCCAAAAUGGUGUGAAAUUAGGGACUUACUAGUUCCCUAACUAAUAGGGAAAAGCUGGAAUCUGAGCUGUCUUUUGAAUAAAAAGCAAAUGCUAGAA